AUGGACGCUGAAGACGCUCUCAAGCUCAUAAAAUUCGCCUCGACAAUCGCCACUGGUGUUAUCGCUGGAGGGGCGAUUUAUAUCAACGUCGUUGAACAUCCAGCAAGAAUGGAACUGGACGAUGCACAAUCUUUGCAUCGACAAUGGCGGGAGAGCUUCGACCGAGCCAAGUUUCUUAUGGCGGGUACCUCGUUGCUUCCGAUAGCCGGCGGAAUUGCGGCGUUUGCUAUUGACCGAGCCAAAGGCAAACCUUGGUUUAUAACGGCAGGAUUGUUGGCGUUUAAUGUGCCGUACACUGGUAUAGCCAUGAAGCCCCGUGUUAUUGAACCUAUAUACGACUAUGAAGUCGCUGGGAAGAAGGAUCCGGGAGAAAUCAGGGACACUGUUGAUAAAUGGAAUACUUUUCACAAGGUUCGCACUAUCGUCGAUUUGUCUGCUUUAGCCUGGUGUGUAUAUAAUCUAGUGUACAACUGAUCGACACUGUUAGUUGGUUUCACCAACGACAAGAUUGAAUGAAGAACUGAUCACAGAAUGGACUGGUCCUCCAAGUUUUGGUCAAUAUUAAAAGUGAAUAUCGCUUUGAGGUUUUUUCGUUUCCACAUGUUAUGCGAAGAAUGAAGAUGAAUAACUUUUAUUUGGAUUAAAACACUGGCUUGAUGAACAUAUCUGUGAAUAUUUUAUUUAAGAUUUUAUUUUGGCCUUUGUAUUGUAUGUCUGGUGUAUUGCAUAAUAUGUACAAAGCGCCCGCACUUUUGUCUUGGGUGGGUGGGAAGGGGGUUACGGGUGCGAUCAGGGUGUCAUAAUUUCGUGACUGUGACCUUCCUUUUCAUUAAACCUUUGUGUAGAAUGUUUAUUUCUCUUUUUUUUAUUUGGAUAUUUAUGUAGAAGGGAUUUGUGCACUUAUAAUCAUACGAGAAAAGUAGAGGCUUUUCAAGGCAACUACCACAAAACAUCUUUUUCUUUGGAAUUUCGCUCUAUUUCACUUGACAAAAACUUUCUCGAAUGUUACAGAAGGUACGAUUCUUGUUUUUGCCGUUUUCAUGCAAUACUGUAAUGCUGACAAUAAAUCUCAUGAAUAAUUUAUCUGUUCCACGUUUUGUUUGCGAAUUUUAUUAAAAACAAGAUAGUGGAAUGGAGUGACACUUUAUCUCUGUGAAUGGGUUUUCUUGUGAGCAAUACAAUGCAAACAACGGUAGAAAGAAUUCCACUUAGGCCUUUGGAGAAGGGUUUAAAAUAGCCCAUGCCUUAUGUACUAAAAUUCUAACCAGCCUGCAUGCAGACGUCCAAAGGGAGGAGGAUCGCACUUUUCUCCCUACUCCCUCCCCCUUCCCUUUUUGCGCCUGCCACGCAGGCUAAAUUCUAGCAUGACUCCAAGGCUUUCUGGUCAUUUUUCUAUACUGUAAAUCCUCUAUUAAGCUCCCCCUCUCAAAUAAGCCCCCUCCCUCUAAUAGGAGCCCUUCCUUUUCAGGGGAAGAAAGUUAAUACAGCCCCCCUCUCUAUUAAGCAACCCCCCUCCCCUCCCCUAAUUACUCUUCACUAAUAAAUGAUAGACUGUAUUCAUCAACUGAUCGGGGAUGGUUUAUUUGCAACUGAAAAUUGGGAUUUGAUUCUGAUCCUGGCCUGCAUGACCUAAAACUUCUUGCACUUGAGCUUUUCCACUUUGAAUUCUAACGCAUGCAAUCGUCAUUUCUAAAUUAAGUGAGCCCCCCGUCUCUAUUAAGCUCCCCCCCCCACCCCCAUAUGGGCUUGAAAUAAAUAAGCCCCUCGGGGGUUUAAAAGAGACUUGACGGUAUUUGGUUUGGUCUUGUGCUCAGGUCUCUUCUGGGAAUUGACAAUAGGGCCGUGAUAAAAUUUGCAAUUCUGUCCCUAAAGCCUCGGAGUUAUGUUAGAAUUUUAACAUAUCGAACACGAACAGGGGUCUUUUUUGCAUGAGCAUGCGCGACCGCUGACUUGUCAAAGAGCACCUGACCAGUGACAGCGACCGUGCUGCAUAGUCAUAGAAACCAAAUUGUUUACUUUGAAAGCUUGCUUGAGAUUGAAAUGGUAGCAGGAACUUAGGAAAGACCUUCGUUGUACAAAAUAAGUAAAGAUCUGUUGAUUUAAAGUGGAGACUGAUGCGCUGAAAGAGGUGAAAGAGCAAGUUUCUCAAGGAUGUCUGACACGAACAUGGCUGCUUGUUGUCGUUUGGCGCUCGACUCGUGUCUUGAUUCCCCUUUAAGAACCGCAAAGUUUGGCAUAGAAUGCAUUGCUGAUGCGUAGCUACUGAGCAAAAUGUUCUUUAUUUAGUGUUUGUCUAUAAAUUGGAUGUAAAUCAGUUUCUCGAUACCGUAGAGGAUUUCUGUCAAUUAUUUGUUAAUAGCUGAUUUAGCCAUAUUUCGGGAGUGGAUUAAUAACGAUCAGCGGGCGACUACCACGCCGUUCUCAGUUGGAAUAGAAAGUUUUUGCCUUAAGUAUUUUAGCGAUACAAAGUUUGUUUAUAGGAAAAUUGUAGAACUUCUCGUUUUUGCGUGGACUAACAUUGUAACUCAUCUUUUCGGGAAUUUGCUUUUAGCCAGAACUUAAAUGUUCUAAUGAUUUUUAACUUUUGGUCGGCAUCACGUGUUUACUGCACUUCUUGGGAAACCUAACCGUUUGUUUCAUCAAAAUCGGUCACAAGAUUGGACUUUAAUUUCGGUCCUAUUGAAUGCAGUUUUGACUGUGUCUCAUUGAUAUUCAUUUUUUUUAUUGUUCGGGACGUACAGAGUGACUACCACCAACAUCUCACUAGGUGACUAAUCUACGUCUCGUGUGCCCUUAAUUUUGUAGCUUUAAAGUGCUGGGAAAAUUGUAGAACAUAUAUUAAUUCACUGCUGAACUGAACAUCGGCUUUCGCGCACUUCGAACCCACUCGCUGAAAUUUGUUAUGUUUUUUUUUUAAUAUAUCUCUUCCUUGCCGACUUCAAAACAAAGAAAAAUUGAAAGUGUUUGCUUGCAUCAACAAACGUUUCUGCACUUUGUUUAGACUUUGAUGAGGUCAGCGCAAUCCUCCAGGCACUACAUAUACGCGCGCUGUUGUCCAGGUCAAGUGGGGAGAUGAAAUUUGAUAGUAGCUCGUGUAUGUUAAAGCCGGUCUACUUCGCUUUUGUUAAAACCAUGUUAGAGUUUUUUGGCAAACUACACAUUUUGUUAAAUCACGAGCACAUUCGCACAGACCAACGAGCAAAAUAAUCGCUAUGAUAGCUUUGAGACGCGCCAUUUUGAUGAAGGCAAACCCUGUGGUGAGCCUCCAUGCACAUCGCUUGUUCAGCGGUCGCGCAUGCUCAUGCAAAAAAGACCCCUGUUUCGAACACGGACAGGAGCCUGACGUGGGCUAUUUCUACAAAAAACUAUAUCCUGCCAGUUGUGAGGUAACGCGUGACUAGCCUAACCGAUCUCGCAAGCUAUCGCGUGACCUCUUGUCUCGAGCCCAUGCGAGUGUGCGCAACAUUUAUUUGCGCAGCUUGCUUGAAGCAGCCUGGGUGUGCCUAAACUGUUUGCGUGCCUAUACUAUCCCAGCGAGAAAUAUCAACAAAAUAUUCUUCUGUUCAGGAUGGGUUUAGACGCCGACGACUUAUUCUCGUGUCUGGAAGUUCUCUCCACUGUGGCUGCAGGUAUUUUUUCUGGCAGUGCGAUCUAUGUCAAUGUUGUGGAACAUCCGGCUCGUAUGACCCUGACGGACACGAAAUCAUGCCAUCGACAAUGGAUGGAGAGUUUCGAUCGAGCCAAAGUCUUGCAGAGCUGCUUGGCGUUAGUCUCCACUGUUUCCGGAGUUGGGGCAUACUACUGCAAUCCGAAGAAGGGACUGCCUUUUCUUAUCGGCGGAGGGAUAGUGGCGUUAGUUUUUCCUUACACGCUUUUCAUCCUCAAGCCAAAUUCCAUUGACCCCAUCUACGAUAAAGAUAUCACCUCUAAGAAGAGUGAAAGUGUUAUACGGGAUACCAUUGUCAAGUGGAAUAACUAUCACAUGGUUAGAAGCUUCAUCGGCAUGCCCGUUUUUGUGGGAUACGUCGUUUAUAUGGCCAGCAACCACAAGAAGUUUUGGUGA